AUUCGAUGCUUGGAAACGAGACAAAACGACAACAACUUGUUCGACAUGGGAAAUGGUAGCCACGCGAAAUAUUGAUUCAUCAAGAAUUUGUAUCAUUUUUAUCUUUCAAGAGUCGGCUACAUACGCCCAUUGAAUUCAGAAUAGGCUGUAAAUCAUGGAGCCGGAGAUAUUCUUUACACUGGUGUAUACUGUAAUUGCAAUCUGUUUUAUCUUGUCUCCUAAGGAGUUCGAGACAGCUGGCCUAACUGUUCAAACCAUGUUCUCAUCGUAUCUGGGCAGUGAAGACUUCGACUUUAUAUUGUAUCAUGUCAGAAGAACCACCGCCACUGUACUUGUUCAUUCUUUUAUUCCAUUAGGUUACUAUUUUGGACUUGCUUUUGCAUCAGAAAAGGUGGAUCUACUGGACCCUGCUAAGUCUGGUCAAUUUGCAUCAAUUGUUUUGCUGAUUGGGUUAUCCAGUGCUUUUUGUGGCAUCCUUACAGCAAAGUUAUGGUCAUGGAAUAAUUGGAAACAUCACCCUCUAUGUAAGGCUCUUGCAAGUCAUGGUAGAACAUGGAUGGAAGUUGCAGCACAAAUAAACAUUGAAUUCCGAAGGAUAGAUAAAUUCUAUGCUGUUUCUGGUGGGUGUGGUGUGUAUGUCACUGAUUCUUGGAUUCUGAAAACAUCAACAUACCAAGUUUAUGUCUCUCAACAAACGGAUUCUCAUUUGAGUAUAGCAGCCAGUGACCAGUUUGCAUUUUCACAUGAAACCAACCAACCAACACAGUACAUAUCAAUUGUUGUGAACAGCAUCAAUCCAGCGGUGAAGCCAUUUACAUUGAGACUGAAUUCUCUUGAUUAUGGAGAACUUAAAGAUCGUCUCCAGGCUCCACUCAGAAAUGCCAGAAAUAUUGUCAUCCACCAGUCGCUGAGUGACAGGUUUGUGGAUGCAUUCAAGGAGCAGGUUCGUGCAAAUGGAAGAUAUAGACUUGGAUCUGAAAUGCCGGACCCAGAACCUUGUAUCGGCUGUAUGCUGACACCAGCCAAUAUAAAGCUGCAGAAGAAUUGUGGCUCGACCGGUGAAAAUGAAUGCAGAGGCUGUUUCUGUCGUCCAAUGUGGUGCAUUGACUGUAUGGGUAAAUGGUUUGCGAGUAGGCAAGACCAAAAUGAUCCGUUAUCCUGGAUGUCUAGUUUAUCACCAUGUCCCACUUGUAGAUCAAAAUUUUGCAUGCUCGAUGUAUGCCUCAUCGAGAAUUAAGGUAUGUAAAGGAAUACUGCAAACAGGGGCAUAGGAAUUUGUGAAUAAGGGCGGCAGGAAUGGAAAAAAUGGGGCAUCAUAUUUUAUUACAGGGACAUGUAAGAGGAACACUUUUCAAAUAAAACUAGAGAAAAUAUCCAUAUUCUAGAUUCGGUCCAGUUUUUCAUCCGAAUUUUGAGGCAUGUUAGAUUAGUUGUGUUUUGUUUCAGUUAGUGCAAAGUUAAAGCUGGAAGGCUAUCAGGAUUCGCUUUUGCUGAAUUUUAAUGACUGUACCCUGUAUAUUCCAUCGUUUUCAUGUAUCUGCGUGAAUUUACAGCAAAUAUAAGUUUGCAUGAAGUUAAAUUUGCUUUCUUGACAAUUUCUAGCUUUAUCGUAAUACAGUCAUGAAAUUUAUGCACUCUUUUUGGUUACAACAAUAAUGCUAUAAAGUGUAUAAAUAUUCUAGUUUCGUACAUACCCUCUUCUUGCAUUGCGAUUUUAUUGAACAAUUUUCUAUAAAACGGAAUAGGCAUCUAUUAAAGUAUUAUUGAAUUCGUCCUGUUAUUAAUGGGGGGGGGGAGGACUAAAAUCAUUGUUCAUUUAGAUUUCAUCCAAUUAGAUACCUUAUUAGAAGCUUUCACAACUGUACCUUCUCCCGGUGUGGCCACAGUGUUAUCUGCAAUACGUCGCGUCGAGGACGGUCAUAAAACAGGGUUGGGGAUUCUUUAAGAUUUUUCAAAACAUUUUAACUUCUAGUCGAGCAUCAUCAGUGACUUAAGGUCUUGCAGUAAUAAUGACACAGUGACAAAGCCCUUUAGUGACAAAGUUAAUGACUUCUCGUUAGUGGUGACAUGAAGGGGCAAGAAGGCUUAGGCCGUCACCGUCAACAUCCAAAAUAACGUUGGAUUUUCAUGGGAUGCUAUUAAUCAUGUCUUCUUGCAUACACUCUUUUGCGUUUAUUUUAAAUUAUGUUAUAAUAACAAGAUUUUCAAAACUAAAAGCAUUAUUAAGAACAACCUAAAGUCUUACGUAAGAGAAUUGCAGAAACAACUUUAUUCAAGAUUUUUAGCAAGGUAUAUUUUUCAUAGCAAGGUUUUUUUGCCGAUGUUAUUAAAAUACUAAUACCGGCAUAAAACUCAUCCAUUUUGUUUGCAAGUUUAUUGAACUUACACCCUAAUUAAGAGCAAUCUAGUCUCAACGUUUUUGCAAAAUGAAUAACAGCGAGCUUAAACUUCAGUUUUCUGAUUUUGAUCAAAAUGCGCAUACUCAAGUAGAUUGGUAAAAUCAUGCAAUGACUAUUAACGGUGGAGCAUGAAUUUCCUUAUGAUGGACACAAAAUGUAUUUUGCUUGAAGCAAUUCUGUACACUCCUCGAGGCCUCGACAUCUUGAACAAUUUUUCUCUAACACCACCCCUGUGGCUCCCCAAGUCUUUUAAGCAAUUUCAUUCCAACCCUCGAAAUGCCGGGUUUACGAAAUUUUCCUAAUAUGAUAUGAAAACAACAGUGUUUUCAUGACAAAAGAUGGUUUUCAAAUGGAUUUCUCUUGACAACUAUCUGCCCUGAACAUUAUUAUUUUUGCAUUGCAGCUGCGUACUGCUGCAAAGAAACAUCAGCUACCUGCAUUUCAAGGUAGCGUCUUUUCUUAUUUGAUUAUGUCGAAGAACUGCAUAACAGGUACCGCUGAAGGUCCAGCGUUUUUGUUAGCAAGCGGGCGACUUCAAGCAAGCUCGACAGAUAGGGUUCAGAGUGCCUUGGCUCCCCAAUAUUUUUAGUUGUUAGGCGUUAUUGGUUCCUUUUCAUUUGAAAAGUGUUUUAAGUAUUUGUUAUUAUUUUUUUCCUUUAUUUUGUUCGCCAUCUCUGUCUGCCCUAAUAAGAGACCUUGCCAUAUAUGCUUCGCUGUUACAACACACGCUGUAGUACUAUACUGUUAUUUGACAAGCAAUUUCAUCUUUUAAGAAUAUGCAACUGCAUUUGUAACCAUUGCUGCGUUUGAAACUAUUCAAAAAAUUAUUUAAGAAUACGAUGAAGAAAUUUUCACUUUGCGAUGAUCUUGUCUGUUACUAAACUUUCUUGAAAUUUAGGAGUGUCCCAAGACAAUUUUCUAGUUGUUCAAGAUUUGUUUACCAGUUUUGAAUACUGUAAAAGAUUAAAAUGUAAGAAAACGAUAUAAGCCUGCCAAUAGGCGUCUUAUGUUUUAAUGAUACCUUAUUUAAGAACCACUCGGGUUUUUUAGAAUUCAACUCGAUUUAAAUGUACCUCGAAGGUUUGAGGGGAACAGGUAUGAAGAGGCACUAUGUCACAGGAAAAGGACACUUUUCCAAACGUUAUGAAGUUGGCACUUCUAAGAAUUGGGAGGGUAUUUUUUCAAAACGGGCAAUAUGCCCCUUAUACCCCCUCAAUUCCGACACUCCUGCACACAAACAUGCUUGGCUAUACAUAGACAGGGGGUGUAUUAUGCGGCUUGAAGCUACGUUUCUUUGAUAAUGAUCCCCUAGGUAAAAGUUUUAUGUUAUAAAAUCAUGAGCUUAGCGGAGGCUAACCGUCGCUUAGAACUAAAAUUACCUGAAUGAGCCUGACAUUCGAUCAAUUUUGCCUGAUUGGGGUGGGGUGGGGUGGGGGCUGCAGCCCUCAAGCCCCCAUGUCUCCUAUGUCUAUAUAUGAAAUCGCUAUCCCAGGUAAACCCCUUCAGCUUUAUUAGGCCUGCAACUACAGGUUGUUCCCUUCAUUUUUCUGCCGCAUCUCCAUCCGGUUUAGCAACAGGUGAUUUCUUCCUCUCCUGAAUCAACUAGUCGGCCCAGAGGUCUGCUGUGGCAUUUAAGCCAUGCUUUGAGACUUUGCUGGGACAUGAUGCAUAGUAAAUUUUUUCUAAAACAAAACAAAGCGAAACAAAACAGUUAAAACCACAAUACUGAAGGACAUUGACUGUUCGGUUUGCUGGGAUUGUGACAAGAGUUAAAAUCGCUGAACUUGCAGUGGCUAUGAACUUUGGGAACGAGAAUUCUGGAAGCAGUGAUGAGCUCCCCAUCAAGCAACUUUGGCAGAAGAAUCAUCAGAUAUGACAGAGUUCAAGCUACUUCUGAAGAUGACUUCGAUCCAGAAGACCCUAUUGAUUCAAGGCAAAUGGCGAGAGAAGAGGCAGCAGCUGUUGGAUCUCAAAAGGAGGCUGGAUUCACAGACGAGGCUGGGCGGUACUUUAGUGGACAUGCGUUGAUUGGUGAUAAAGAAGAAUCCUCUUCGGAAGAAAGUACAGAUAAACUGGAAAAUUCACAGAGCUUUUUAGAUAGCAGCGAUAACAGUGAUUUGAUAUCAUCAGAAAUUUUACUGUUCUUGACGAUGAGCUACCUUUUAGGAAUGGCUUUCAUAGAAACGCCCUUUUUGAUGCGAUUCGUUGGUUGGUCUGGCGUUGGUGUCAUCUUUGUCGUGGCGCUAAUCACAGGCUAUACUGCAAAACUGAUCAUAAGAAACUUGGUCAAUUACCAGCGUAGACAUCCCUACCACUUCGUUUCAUACGUCACUCAAUACGAGAGCGAGCGAGAUUGCCUGUCAAUUUUCCUUACUGUUAUUUAUCUACUUUAUCUCAUGCUAACUGCUGUAACCGUUUUACUGGAAAUAUCCAAAACCAUCCUUGAAUUAACAGCCGCAAAUAAAGACGUGACAAAAUUUAUUCAAACUUCGGGAAGCAGAGUUAUAUCAGCAGCGGUGGGUUUUUUGUUGUAUCCAUUGACCCUGUUCAAAUCUCCGAAGCGAUACUUCUGGCUUUCAGUCCCUACAUUGACGAUGACUGUUGUGGCUGGCCUUCUGUUGACCACACUUCUUGGCAACUUAGAGGGAAAAAACCCACAUACCUUCAAAGAAAUUCGUUAUCAAGAAUACGCAAUUUGGAUUUCUACUAGUGUUUGUAAUUUAGUAAGAUUCUUCGGUUUGCAUGCAGUUCUAUCGACUGUUUUAAUGGAUAUGCGAGACCCUGAUUCAGCAGCGCGAGUUGUUGGUGCAGGUUUCCUUAUACCGACCAUAUUCGUAAUAGUCGUUGCAAUGAUGUCUUAUUUUGCAUUCGGAUCAAACCUUCUCCCCCGUUUGUAUGACGUCAUCGACAGCACCGUCGUCAGCCAGCCGAACACAUUUAAGGCUGUAUCAACCCACAGCGUUAAAGGUUUCAUGGUUUUUCAGCUCUGUUUCGUGUAUAUUCUAAACAUCAAUGCCUUGAACCUAUUCUUUGAAAAAUACGGACUGUCGUCAGAUAACAAAUGUCAUUGCUGCCUGGUCCGUUUGUUUACAAGUAUCAUGGUGGUCUUAGUUGCCGUUGCCUCAAAUGGAAUUGAAGACGCCCUUAUUUUCACGAACACGUUUUUGGCAGUCGCUGUCUGCGUUAUUAUUCCUCUGGUAUCUUCCAUCGAUUCCAAACACUCUAAGCCACAUGAAUAUAUUUUAACUGGAAUCGUAAUUUUCUUUAUUGUAAUUUGCAUGUUUGGCACUUGUUAUGGACUUAUAAUUCACACUGUUUACAGAUUAUUCGGUGUUAAUGUCAAGUUAUAAUGACUGUUAUAAUGACUUAAUGACUGUUUAAAUUUUCAAUGCAUGCAUUAAAGCUUUCUACAGUACAUAGUAUCAUUUCUUGAAUAAUUUAUUUGAAUAAUUUAUUCUUGAAAUAAUUUGAGGGCGAUAAUACUCUGAAAAGAGAGCUAUUUUUUAAUGGGAUACUGGUAAGUCUGUAGUAAAAUCUUCCUCAGUAGUUUCUGAGUUCGUAAAAUUUUGAGCAGUGUUUUUUCAAAUUUGACAGAAUUAGCUGAAGUUCGAUUGAAAAAGAUGAAGAUUGCAUCUUGUAAUGACACUUACGGCCAGACUACGGAUAGGAAUGUCAUAAGGGAGACGUUAAAUUGCAAAAAUCAUUUGCACGUGCAUAGGUAUGGGGCCUAAUAAAAGAUUUUCAAUGGAAAAUCUCCAUAUACCAAGAACAAGCAACCUUUUUAUGAAGUGAAAAAAGCUUGCACGAGCUUCGCAACUUUGCAAUUUUAAUGACAUUCUUCUUAUGCAAAUGAGUAUAAACUUAUGAAUUAGAAAUCAGUCACGACGGGGUGGUAAGAGUGAAAACGGAGACGAUACAACGCCUAUCCAUAAAAGUUUUGAAAUUCCCAUUUCACGUGCAAGAAAUAACUUUUGGAAAUAUUUCGUAAGCUUGUAUUGAAAGGCGUGGAUGGCGACGCGCAAAUCAUUUCACAGCGUUGUUUAUUGAAGAAAGAUUAGGUGGAACAAGAAUACGUCGGCCUUUAAUGUUGCAGGUGAGAAAAGAAUAUUAUAUAUGGUAUUUCAAGAAAGUGCCCUUAUUUAAUGGCAGUAAAGAAUUUGACUGACUUCGAAGCUUGUGAAUCGAUUUCUAGUAGUUUGUUUGGCACAAUUACUUUGCAGUAGGCCUUUUAGCUUGUUUUAAGCGCUUUUCUAUGACCAUUUCUGAGUUUCAGCGUAUCAACCACUGGAGAUACAGUAUACUUACAGCUUUGCACAAUGCGAGUAAUUUCUCAAGCUGUUAAUUGAUUGUAAUUACAUAGGGUAUCAAAUGGGGCAUUUUCUUGUGGCUCCACUUUCUUAGAGCGUUUUGUUAAUCAGGUAAGACAAACUCAGAGCUAAGCUAAAGUCGUAUAAGUCAUUGAAGAUUUGUUAUAACCAAUUGAAAAAAAUUCGAUUCUUGUUUUCGAAGGGGUAAAUUGACCGUAUGUGGCUGGAACAUUUGUAGCAUAUAUCAGGCAUCCACAAGCUGUAAGCACACAAACAUACCGUUCUCUGACAUAAUUCAAUGGGGGCACAUUUGCAAAUAAGGAUCCCCGAUAAAAAGAGUCAAUCUUUAAAAAGGAAAAUACAACAUCAUCCCGCACGAAAUGGUGUUACCAAAUACGACCCCCAGGGAGCAAAGUAUGCUGUGCAGCCCCGCGGUAUAGCAUAGCAGUAGCAUAGAGCAAAAAUUAAUCUUUAAUAUGCCAUAGAGCUUGCAUAGUAUGCCUUGUCCUUUCGCUUUUCAGCUAAAAGAGAGGAUAAUAUUUCAAAAGAGACUAAAGGACAAAUACUGUGUAAAGGUAUGAUAUUGAUUUGCAUUUACAAUUUAGCUCGAGCGAAUAUGGUGUAUGGAACAUUUACAAUGAUUUAUCACGUGCCAGGCAAUCGUUUUACACCAAUAUAUAAACUGAACGAAUGUUUUGUUUUCAGUAUUUAAUCAUUAUUCCUACAUGUGAUUUGGUUGAUUUUCGCUUAUUCGAACUCAAGACUUAAUCCUGAAUUUUCAACUACUUCAACGCUCAAUGAUGAUAAUUCUUAUAAAGUGGUGGGCAUUCCCUGUCACCAAAGUCUUUCCUGUCACAAAUAGUCCUAACAUAUAAAUUAGUUUGCGUGAAAUUACGUUGUAAAAAACUCGUCAUUUAAAAGCUCAAAAGCAGAAUUAUAAGUCAGUAUUCGUUGAGAGAAGCUUGAUAUUUUCUUGACGCCUCGUUUAAGCUUGUCGCUGAUAAUUUUCUCUGCAAGAUAAUGAAUCCACAUGACGUUGGUACGCGGGUGAAAAUCCGUCCACUGAUUGCUGCAAUGGCAAACAUAAAAAAAUGAACUGUGUUGUCAGUGUGGGAAAUUUUUCAAAUGGAAAUAGCAACACAUUUAAAAAAUAAAUGAUUACAAAUUAAUAUAAAAUGAAUAGAUAACAAAUGAAUACAAAACAAUAUGUAAACAAGGGAAGGAUUUUCCCCAGAAAGAAUAGUAAGUGGAAUUUAGAAGGAGCAGGUUGCUGCAUUGCUCAGAUCUUUCGGUUUUCAAAAUCUCUUAACUGACACUGCUGUUCUUAAUGUCAGAGGUAAUUGCUAGAUAUAUGCGCUGCUAGCGGGUCAUGAAAUUCCUUGAUCCAGAACAUGUAUGCAUCUCUCCUUCGUCGUUUUGCAGUAAUAAAAAAAUGACAGAGAUUGACAACUCUAAUGCAUUCUAAUGCAUUCAGCCCUUGAAAUUGUCGCUUUUUUAUUAUCGAGAGUCCAGCUGGCCAAGAAAAGAGUAACGACUCAAUGCUGAUACAAUUAAGUAGAGAAUGAUUGAAAUAUCUCUUACAUGAAAGAGAAUCAAACAUACUUAUUUUCUUCUUGCAUCAUUCUGUAGAUGUCAAACUGAUAAUCUCCGCUUCCUUGAAAGAGAUCUUCUUCUUCUUCUAAGUUACAGAAAACAACGCAAUCAUCUGAAAGGGCAAGCAGUUUAAGCUGAACUGGAUGUUAUUAAUAAGGCCUUACCUGUUACAUAGCAGGCAGUUUAAUAAGCGUCCCUUAUCUCGUUUGUCGACAAUAAACGAAAAGUUAAUGAAGAUUCAUGUCGAUUUUUCACCACUGUAUUGAUGAAAUGUAGCGGCGAACAUACACAAUUCUUUCUAUACUAAUACCUCAGAUUUCGAGCCUUCAUAUUCUCAAAAAGCUGUUGUUCUGUGCGUAACAAUUAUUCUAAGUCAUUAUUAACCAACAAAACAUGGAAAUUUAGUAAGAAUCGAGAAAAUAAAGUUUAGAUCUUCGCUAUUUUCUUUCUUUGUCAUUAAACCUGUUAGGCUUGAAGUGUAUGCCAGACUGGCUUUCAUUCUUAAUGAAUUCAUAAAUUUCAUCAAUUUUGAGCCGCAAUUUUCUUGUCAAUUUAUUCUAAUUAAAAAGUGUGUAUUACCCAGAAUACUGAUAACAAAUCUCAACCAGAAGAGUGGUGAAUGCAAUCAAGGUUGCGAAAAUUUGCUCAGUGGAAGAAGACAAGAACUUCCAAGAAAUUCUUACCUUUAUCAAGCCUUGACAAAGUGAAAUCAAUAAUAUCGACUUGUACCCCAGCAGUUUCAAUCAUCCUAGAUUCAUUUUCGAUAUGAAAAGGCAACGAUGAAUUUCUUGUACUUCUUAUCAGCAAGUUUCCCCAGUGGAGGUCUCGGUGUUCGAAUUUCAACGCCUUUUCACCGACUGCUAAAGCUGCAGUUACCUUUAAAGUUGACAAAGCUCUUAUUAAGUUAAUUAGGUUAAUCAUAAUGGGAAAUUGUUUACAGAAAUAUGGAUUUCGGUUAUCAUUUGCCCUGAAUAUUUGAUACUAUGCUUUUUGUGAAAGUGAAAUUCUAUGCUUGUCAACUUGCUGGUGUGAGAGGCAAGUCGGUCACCUAGUCUUGUGCUACACACCAGAGAGUGAAACAACUUACAAAAAAUUUAAUAUAAUGCAAACAGCAGAUCAUUGUUUAUGUUACCGGCAAACGUAGACAUUGGGAUGCGGUAAGAAGCUAGCGAGGUAUGAUUUUAACGGAUUAUGGGUAAUGUGAUAAGAAUAUGAUACCCAAGCGACGCAGGGCGAAUAAGAAAGACCAGUCUAAUUCAAAAACCAUAGCAUUUAUAGAUCUGAAGUAGUUUGGAGCAAAAAAUUAUUUGCAUAUAAACUUAUAAACUCUUUGUUUCCAUUUACUUUCUCAAGCUUCAUCAGCCAACAAAAAGAAAGAUCUUCAAAGGAAGAUGAAGCAAAAGUUAGCUUCAGAGCGGAUACUUUCAGGAUCAUAAAAACCCAAGACAAAAGUUUGUCUCUCGAAGUAGUUUCAAACAAGAAGCAGAUGUAUAUGUAAGAUAAAGUUAAGCAGUGUUCUUUGGAAAGCGAGUGAAGUUGUCGUGAAAUGGUAAAUAAAAACAAGUCAUAGAUAUAAUAAAAGAACUCCACCCUUUUGGAGGCCAAUCAUAUCUUAUAUUUGAGAGGAAAGAUCCGAGAGGUAAGACCAGAGAUAAGGUUCAAGAGGUAAGACAGAUAUUGUGAAAUAUAGGAAAGACUUUUUUUAGAAAGAUUUGUGAAUCUGAAAAACAGUUUCUUGCAAUGACUGUAUAUGAGAUAUUUUCAAUGCUGGGAAAAUUUCCCAACCUACUACUAUAAAAUUCAUCUGACAAAUUGUACAAAGAUUGUUUGAAACUGGUAACAUCAAGGUAAUACGUCUUAACGACAUGUUAGCACAGUAUAUUCGUCUUUAUCAGAAUCUACUUACUAAAUAAAACUCUCGAAUUGAGGCAGGAGAACUUAGGGCCUAUUGUAAAUAAAACGACAAGAAUACAAAGUCUGUAAAAAUUUAGAAGAUUGUUUAGAAUCUCUCACCUGGUAUAAAAUGCUUUUUGCUAUAGAAAAAUUAAUUCUUUUGUAAUCUUCUAAGGACUUGCCACCAAGCUCAGUUUCAAAUAUGACAAAUAUUUGAUCUUCAUUCAACAUUGCUAAUAUAGAAAAAAAUUUAGACUGAAUAUUCAGUUUACACAGUGGUGAAACGCAGUUAAUACACAUUAGUUUGUUAACUAAGGAUCCCCGAUCAAGAGGGGCCCCUUCGUAUCCAUCUCUUUAACUCUUCUAUCAAAAUCAUCAAAUUUUCAAAAACUAAGAAAGUUAUUUGAUUGAAUAUUAUACAACUCAGCUCCCUCCUUAACAUCGUUAAUAAAAAAAUUAUAACUUUUACAUCUUGCCUAUGUGGUUGAAAUGCUCACCACCAUUAGAUGAGACCUUCUUGCAGUCUGUAAAUGGGUGACUGUCCGUAAAUAGGCUAUAAACGACACCUUGUCCUAAAGAGUCAUAGUGCAACCAAACGUCUGUUAUAGUCUUCUAUGCUUUUGCUUUGGUCACUGGAAUGUUAUAAAGUCUUAAAACGGAGCUAACUUUUGCAGGCACCUCAUCUCCAUUUCCAACAUCAUAAAAAGUAUGUUUUCCCGAUAAUAAUAAUGAUUUCGGGAAAAACAGAAAAAGUGAUAAAUAAACAACUUGAACAGAGAAAUCAGUAACAGAAGAAAAAAUAUAAUGAAAAAAACGGUAAAUCGAGGGUAAUUAUGAUGAAGGGACCUAAAAUUUGAUUCGUUAUACCGGGAAGUUUGUUAUAUCCAGGGUUCGCUAUAUAGGUAUUCCAUUGUAUUGCUUUUAAGUAAAAUUAUGAUGCUGUGGCAGCAAAAUGAGUAAUGGCUGGUGCCACUAACAAACUCACAAGGGUUGUCAUUCUCUGAUUUUUGUUCGUCGUCCCAAGUCAGCCAUGCCAUUAGAAGCUCUGACGGGUAGCAGCCUUUACAGCAGACCGUACUAGAGAAUAAUAAAUAUUUACAUACAUACUUUAUCUAGAGGGAGAAGAAAAGACAAAUUUGGGAUUAGAAUCAAUAAAUUCUGGGUUAAAAGAAAUAAAUGUACGUAUGUUGCAUUUCGCUUAGAUGCUACUUGAUAAUUAAAGGCAUAUUUUAAGACAAACAAUGAGAGACUUCUAAUUAAAAAACGAAUUUUCUAUAAAAUACCAUUAUUGUUUUUGAAGAAUAAUUUAAGUGAUCGUUUAUUAAAUUCCUUGUUGUUAUUAAUUCACUCUUAAAUAAAAGUAGAUUUGAUUGCAUCUUCUUUGAGAUUUCUUCAAUGUUCGACUCUUAACUUAAAAUUAUUUACUUUUUCCCAAAUAACUUACACAUACAUGAAAUACAUGGACACUCACUGGGAAGAAUAUUGCGACAAAAAAUCUAGACACUCCGUUGUGACAGACUUUAAAAAUUCCUCCAAUUUCAUGAAAGGAAGUUAAGAAAUUUUGUACAAUUUGGGCAUUGAAUAGAGAUCUGUUAUUGGAAUGACAAUCAUAAAUGCAAUACUUACCGAUGAACUCUGAUAUAGCUGGUGAUUUGGUUCCCAUGUUCAUCCUGCCAAUAAAAAUACUUGUAGAAAGCCUUAGUUUAAAGACAAUCGACAAAUACUUUAAGUGGCUUAAGACAUCUGUCAAAUCAAAAAUGGCCAAUCAAUUAGGGUGAUACCACUCACAUGUUUAAUGAUUAGCCAAUUGCUGGUUGACAGACGGCGCAAGUCACUUCGGUAUCUGUCGACUGUCUGAAAGCUAGGGGCGGUAAAGAUAUCUUUAGAAAAAAGGGGGAAAAUCUCUAACCAGCCCGUUUUUCUUGAAUCAAAAAAAUGCUUGGAGUUGUUAGAGACUGAAUUACCCACAUUACUGAUCUUAUACUCAAUAAUCAAAUUUUAAAAUUGUAAGCCAUUACAGGAGAGGUACAUGCUACAGUGAUGCAUUUGACAGAGCACUUGCAUUGCACAUCAUGUGCGUUUAUGGCUUUUAGUAAUGUAUCACGAUGGAACUCUUUUAACAUCAGAGAACUGAUUUCUCUAAGGGUAGGGUUGCCAGUCUAAGGGGACAGGGGGUUUGAAAUCGAUCCACAGCAUUAAAUCUACAGGGUACUUGCCAAGAACUGUUUUGCUAUAUCAGCUAUAAAAAAAAUAGAUCAAGAAUAAAGAAUAAAAAUCUUUGACAGUACAAAAUGAUAAUGAUAUAUUCCCCCCCCCAGUAUUUCUUUAGAGGAAUCAGAAUCUAUGUCAAGUUUCAUUAAAGUUCGAGUUAACAAAAAUAAACAAUUUUGCUUCAAAUAAAAUAACUUUUACCCUUUACAUCUGUUCUCACCUUCUCAUUUAAGGCACUUAGUUCUCUAAAAGAUUAAAACGUUAUUGAGAUUAAUGACAAGACAAUAAAUUAAGUAAAUUGGUGUUUAUGGCAACUAAAUUCAGAACAAUGACCAGGAAGAUUGUGCCACAAAUGUGGAAAAAUAUUGAAACAACAAAAUAAAACAAACUGGAUAAAAAACUGAUGCAAGAUUGCAGAAUAAUGGGUGAUCCACAAGCAAAAGCCAUAUUACACUAUUAAAGUGGAAAACAGUAGUCCAUAAUACCAAAAAUUCCUAUAAAUCUGUGUGAAUCCUAGUGAAUCUGUGUGAAUCUCGAGUGCUGCAAAUCUUACAUAAAACUUAACAACAAUGCUGAGUUAUAACUUCAUGGUUAAUAAAAUACAAGUAAAGUAUGAAUUUGUUUUUAAAUGCUGAUAAGUAUUUUAGCCGUGUAAAAGUAGACCUUUAGCUACCAGAAAAAAAUAACAUUUUGCUAUACAAACAAGAAAAGCCUUGUCGGUAUAAAAUGCAAAAUAUCAAACAGAACUGAAACAUUCGAGUAAAAAAUCAGUGAAUAAUAUAGUGGUCCAUGGCAUCAUGGCAUGGCUUCAAACCAUGGCAAAAACCUAGGCUAAAACCUAGGCAAGAAACCUUAGGCUACUUGUUCGACCAAUAGUACAUGUUUGAAGUUUGAUAUAUGAGCACAGCUCAUGUAAAUGUUUUACAUUGCAUUAAAGUAAUAAAAAAAUUAUUAUUUGAGAGAUGAACAAAAUCUUUGCAACUUUGGUUUAGCCUUUGGCUUAUAAGAAAUUAUAUUCACUUAUUGCAAGAAUCAUAUUAAAAUUUUCAACACAGCAUCAACAAUGUAAUCUUAGCCAUUAUCCUUGACAUAUAAAACAUUCAGAAAAUAACAGAGGUGAACAGAAAUGUUUCAUCCAGGCACAGACGCACAUACAAAUAUAGGUUUUUUAGAGGUAGAUGGUUUCAUAGGCCAUAUAGUUACUUUAAUUGGCUAGAAUGGAGGGGAGUAAAGGAUUAUCAAUCCUUUCUACAGAAAAAGUUGAAUAAUAGGGAAUCUCACUUGGAGAUGGCUAUUUCUGUCAACAUAUCCUUGAAACCUUUUUGUGUCUGCCCAUUUACUUUUAGGUCUCCCUCCACAGGAACAAUCUGCAAAAUGGAAGACAAAACAAAUUCCCAGCAGUGAUAACUUGCAGAAAGAAAAUUUGAUCUUCCACUAGCAUUGCUAGAACAACAAUGUAGAUUUUACAAUUAUUUACCUAAAAAUAAUCAAUUUAGGUCAUUUGUUUUCUAUUUUGCAUUGUAGGAUAUCAAAAUCACAGCUGCUUCCAGUUGAUGGCCCAAACUUUAUGUCAAAUAAAUGCCGUAAGGGAUAAAUUGAAACUAUGUUUCUCAUUCUAAGCAUAUAGUUGGCCAAUGGUCACACUAGGAAUGAGAAUCUGACAAGCAAUUUUGAGCCAUCCUGUUGUUUGCAACAAAAGCUUGAUCAUGCUUUAAGUUACUAAAAUCUAAUUCAUAAUAAAUUGAUAAUUAUGGAUUAUCUUGUAUGUCAAAAGUAUAAUUUUGAUUAAGGUUAACAGGUAUUUCUCUGAUAGAUUGAUUUAUAAGAAAUAAAAACCAAACAGUGUAUAUAACUAUUUCAUGAUAGCUUAAUAAAAACAUAUAUUAUGUAGUUUUAUGAGGGAGAUCAACAUAAAUUUUCAAGUAUUUAUACCUUUAUUGCAAAAUGCUCCUCUUCAAAAAUUGUCUCGUAUACCUCUCCAUAAACACCUUCACCAAUUUUCUUAACUAUAGAUCUGAAAGAAUUACCCAUAAAUCACUGACAGGCCACUUUUACAGGGUCUAUGCCACUGGGGGGCUGGGGUGGCCAUAGCCCCUCACUUUUUUGCAAAGCAAGUAAUUUUAAUGCUGUAGUAAAAGGGGAAAGAGGCUUUAGCCCCAACUUUCGAAUUUGUGGCCCGGGCCCUGCUUUUAUAGCAAAAUGACUUUGCAAAUAAUCCAUCGAUAUAUCUGUUUGCAACACAAAUAAAUAAAAAAAGAAAAAUUCAGAAACUAACUUGUUUUCCAUAUAAUCAGAAAAAUCGAUGAUUGAUUGCUGUCCACAAAAAGCUAAAACCUUUUCUUUUGCAGUGCAUUGCUGUUCAAUCCACACUGGUUGUAGCUGAUUAUUGCUAGCAGGAUCAAUUUGUUUUGCAAGUCUAUAAGGUGUCAGUGCCUC